AUGUUAAUACGAAACAUAUUCGUAUUUUUAACAUUUAUUUGUUUAACAAGUAGUUAUCCAAAAUAUCGAUCCGUGGUAAAUACUAAUAUUCAGGAUCCUGAAGAAAUAGGUGGAGACUUUGAAGGUGAUAUUUUAUUAACAUCUAUGACAAUCUCUCGAGGUAUAGGUAAACGAAAUACAUCUGCUCGUUGGCCAAAUGGUAUUGUUCCAUAUGAAAUUUCAUCAGAAUAUGGUAAGACUAUAUUUUUCAAAAAACGAAUACUUACUAUCAGAUUACUUUUUGCAAUAAAACAAGAUGCAUAUGAUCGUGCUAAGAUUAUAUCAGCAAUGCGUCGUUUGGAAAGAAUUGUUUCAUUAGAUCCAACUUCUGCUUCAUAUUGUAUUCGAUUUCGACCUAAAACUGCUGAUGAUAAAUAUUUUAUAUCAAUCAAAAAUGGUAGUGGAUGUAGUUCAUAUGUAAGUGGUCAAAAAGUUACAUUACAGAUGAAAUCAUAUUGUGUUGAUCGUGAAGCAACUGUCAUGCAUGAAUUUAUACAUGCUCUUGGUUUUUGGCAUGAACAAUCACGUCCAGAUCGAGAUAAUUAUGUAACUAUUGAUUUUAAUAAUGUACAACCAGGCAAAGAACAUAAUUUUAAUAAAUAUUCAUUUGAAAUAACAGAUACAUUAAAUCUUCCAUAUGAUUAUAAUUCGGUGAUGCAUUAUUCAAAAACUGCUUUUUCAAUGAAUGGACUACCAACUAUUAUUACAAAAGAUCCAAAUGUAUGGAUAGGACAACGAAAUUCAUUAAUUGAAGGUCGUGCUUAUACCAAUCAACAUUCAUUGAAAUCUUCGUUUGGUGUUGGAGCUGAGUGGACACAUCAAUAUGGCCCUGAUAAUGCUCUUAAUUCGUUUCAUGAACAACUUAAAACAGAAUUAGAUAACGAUUAUUAUAUUCAAUUAUUUGAUCCAACAACAAGUGUUGGUUAUUAUUCAGAUGGUUCGAAUAUUGCUCAACAAAUUUGUACUCAAGCACAAAAAACAAUUAAUCGAUUAUUUUCACAAUAUAUAUCUAAUGAUAAAGAUAAAGAUAUUUCAAUAUAUGACACAAUCGAACAAGAAUUUAAUAGAUUAGAAGACAGUUAA